GCCAUGCAGUAACCCAGGGGGAUUCGCUCAUUUGACCCAGCAGCAGCAUUUACUGAAAAAGGCAAUGUAAACCCUGCCAAGAAUUCAGCUGCUUCCCGAGCUCCAUGUAGCAGUGCCAAGCACAAGGAUGCACUUCCCAGAAAGGUGUCCAGCUGCCUCCAUCCCAGCCGGGGCAAGCGGACCUGCCUCGGACAGACAGACCCUUUGCUUUGGAAGCGCAGAAGUGGAUGGAUGGAGGGAGCACCACAGCCCUGCUGCACUUGCAACCCAAGAAAGUUGGACCCUGGAGACCUUUCCUCAGUGACGUGGCUGGCUGGACACAGCCUUCCCCUCUUUCUGCUGCAAUAGCAAUGCUAGUGUCCCCAUGCAGCCUCAGUGAGGAGCUCUUAGCCUGGACAGGAGUGAAUCCUGAUCUUGGCAUAGCACUGCCAGUGGCUAUGGAGUAACCUCUGGGUGCGCAGGCUCAGUGGGAGGCUGAAGCUGGCUGCCCUGGUACCAGGACGGCCGAACGUGCCCUGCCCACGCGCUCCUCACCUCUACCAUGAAUGAUGCAUCGACAAUGGAUUAUGAACUGCUCUCCCCCUCCUUUGUUGAGCACCCAGCCAGCACUGCGGGUAUGGAUGCUGAGCAGAAAACCGUCUUUGCCUUUAUCAUCUUCCUCCUGGUCUUCUUGGUGAUGCUGAUGGUGCGCUGCUUUCGCAUCCUGCUGGACCCCUACAGCCGCAUGCCCGCCUCCUCCUGGACUGACCACAAGGAGGGGUUGGAGAGGGGCCAGUUUGACUACGCCUUGGUGUAGAGGGCAGGGAUGGGGGGAGCCUGGGUGCUCUGUGUGCCUCCCACCCCAGCUGGCCCCGGCCCCCCCUUCCUCUGUGGUGUUGCCCCAGGCCAGCAGGGAUGCUCUGGGCAGGGAGGUGAGGUCGGGCUCCUGUCCGGGGUGGGUUUUCUAGGGAUUUCUCUCUUUUCUAAGCACUUUUCAGUUCUCUUCGCAGUCUGCAGGACUCUUGGCGAGACAUGUUGGAGGGUUGAUAUGACUCAAUGUAGUCCCUGUUGCCCACCAUGCGUCCAGGCAGCACGGCGUGCUGCAGUGAGGGGCAGGAGGCGAUGGGGCAGGGCAUGGCGGGACCUGUCCUCAGCCAUGGCCCGUGGGGCUCCUGGUCUGGGUGGCUCUGCCUGGUGCCAGGCCAGAGCUUUGACCCCCCCACCUCCUCCUGCCCCAAUUUUGCCCUCGUCUGUGUCCUCCAGGGAGUGCUGACCAUGGUCCAGUGUGUGUGUGUCCCUGUAGCUGAGCUGUGUCUGUCAGGGGGUUUAUAGACACCAGACCCAAGUGCUGGCUUUGUUCUGCUUUGUGUGGCAGCCCCAAGUGUCCCCCCCGCCAAGUGAGGGGGAGAUGGAGACCCUUCCCAUGUGCAGCCCCCUUUUGGCGUCCAGCCCUGCAGCCUGCUCUCCGCUUUACACCAUAGUGACCUGUCCCUGCCCAACUGGUGAAAAUGGUCUGAGCAAGGUGCAAUCACACAGCUACCUGCAGACCUGCCUGGGUAGCCCUUCUGGGAGCCCAGGAGGGAUUGAAGGUCCCACACAACACCUGGGACAUGCUCCUCAGCCAGCCCAAGCCUGGCAGCCUCCCACUGGUGUCCCACUCUAGCCAGUCCCUGCUCCAGUAGCAUCUGGGUGGCCUCCUCAUGUCCAGGGGGUUGCUGGGGGUGGCCGGUCUUUUCCUGGCCAUCAUGCAUCCAUCAUGCAUCCAGGUGUCAGAAGGGCUGUGUAAGUAGCCAAGGGGAGAACAAGGCUGUCUCCUUGCCCAACUGCAGGAACCAUGCCUGUUGACUGGGGUGCUGCAGCUAGCCACAGGGCUAGUGAAAGUCACAGUGGGUUAUGGCUGUGGGCUGGUAAAAAGGUUUGUACUAAGGGAUUUGAGCCCAUGGGGGAGAACCUCUUCCCCCACCAUGGAAAUAAAGCUGCACUGUGCUA